GAUACAUGUCACCUGAAUGCAUACGAGCAGUUUCGGAAGAUAGAAAUGUGUUGUUGUGUGAGACUAUCGUGUUCGUCAAGAACCAAACAUUCCAGCUUUCUACUGCAUGGCAUCGCCUUCAAACCCUACUUCCAAGAGAUCGUCACCAAAUUCUCCAAUAAAAGGGCGCGUAAAACGCCAUAAGAGCGAAAGAGCUGAUUCAGAGGGUUGUGUGCCCUACGCUCGCCCCCUCCCACUCACAGCGACCCACGGAGUGGAAGAGAUCAAGCUUGCUCCAGGCACUAGAGCCUCCGAUUUCACUCAAGAAGAAUUCAACAAAGUGAUCUCCGAGAGGCAGCAUCUCCUCUUCACCCAAGGUCGGAGAGUGGUUGGUGUGCCACUCGUUUUCGAGGAUGGGAUCGUAAUACAUUGGAUAUAUGAUCCGAUUAUCAAGGACAGUGGCGAAACAAAACCGAGACUAACUUCGGAGUUGUCUAGGCCUGAAGUUAGGACUGUAGCAUCUGCUCCUGCCGAUCCAGCGGUUGACAACGAGGGCAAACGCUCGUUUUCACCCCGUGUUCGUGGUAUGGGUGCCACCUUGGUUUCAGAUGCAGACCUGAGCCAAACUGCAGGACCUUCCGACGAUUGUGACUCCGACAUAGAAAUCAUCUCUUUCAGACUUGCCGGAAGCAAUGGGGUGACGAAGGACGAGCACCAGGAAGCAAGUUCACCGUUUGCUCGGCUCGAUAAUAAAGUACCCUUAUACAGCGGUACUGCUGGACAAGAUGACGAUGAGCACUUCUCAUCCAAAGAUAUGGAUAGUUUUUCGAGGUCGAGAGCGGUUUCUACGAUGCGCCGAGACCAUGCGAUGGCGGAAUUAUGCGGAGAAUGGGGGCCUAUUAUGCGAAGCUCUUCCAUGGCUCCAAGCUCUGACGACGACAGGCCAAAUGAGCUUGCGGACGUUAAUGAUGCUACUGAGGCUUCGUCUUCAAGAACCAAGGUCAGAACCUCUCCCGCGCGAACGCUUGGCGCAUUACGAGGACAGAGGCCCCCCAACCAAGGCUACCAACGACGACCCAUCGCCUCGUCCUCCAAAAGCACCACAGCUGCACGCAGAGGUGUAUCAUCUCAACCUGGCCGUCCCACCUAUCAUUCCACUUCCGGUCACGCCACGUCGACGGACGACAGCGAUGGAAGCGGAGUUCCAUUACGAUCUCGACGACUGCGACAGGUGAUUUCACUAUCAUCGGAAUCGAGCAGCAGCGAUUCGGAACAGGACAUCGUUGGACUGCCCACCCUGACUAUCAAACGAGUCGCGCUCCCCAAGACUCCUCAUGGUCGCCCAAGGAGGCUGUUGGUUCCAGCUUCUGACAAUCUGCCAUUGGCUGCAAUUACCAUGAGGGCCGACGUGCAAUUUAUCAACCGUCGCGACCAGUUUCGUCUUAGUCUGAACUCUCUCCCCAAUCCAGGAGUGUAUCGCCACGUGGAGGAUGCAUGUGUCGUGGGUGACACUGUUGUCCUUGGCUACAACAGCGGACCAAGCCAGGUUACAUUUCUCCCUGUUACUACAGAAGCUCCUUGUAAAGUUGAUGCGCAGGCUUUGCCGCAUGUCACCUCUCCCCAGGUGCCAAGAUCUUCUGGGGAGGGCGUAAGGUGCCUCGCUGCAAUGAGUGCGAGCACCGGCUCUCUGCAAUUUUUCACAGGCGGGCAUGACAGGCGGGUAUUCAGCUGGACCGCUGAUACGCAAGCUCUACAAGAGGCAACUGUUACCAAAUUGAACGUCUUUUUGGACUCCGGGGUGUCCGCGAUGGCUUACUGCCACAACAACAACUCCCUUAUAUCCUCUGAUACUAAGAAACUAUAUGUUACGGACCUUACGCGAGAGUAUACGCCAAAGCCGGCUCCAGUGUCCAAUGACGUCUACCAGAUCCAUGUUCACCCCCAAACACCAGACUUGACGCUGCUGGAGGUCCGCCAUCUGGACCACCAAAUAUUGAUGUUUGACCGCAGGAUGGGUGAUUUCAACAGGACUCCAUGUUGCACAUUUGGGCAUCGUAGUGCCGAUGCAAAGUUUGAGCCCUCAUACACCAAAGGAAGCGUCUCCCAAACCUUUUUUGUCCGGGGCCAUCAAGACGGAACUGUUCUUUUGUGGGACUUCCGUAACGUCAAGAACAUUCUGAGACGAAGUCAACUUACUGAGGCAGUCGUCCAUUCAGUAAUCUCGGGUGGCGACGUUGUGACUUUCGGAGGCGGCGUAGUAACCUUUUUGAACAAAUUCUUGCAUAGCUAACGACUGUCCCUCCGUCCUCUUCGUCACCCUGAGGCACGAUCCUUGUGAAUACCUUAUAGAAAUCGUAUAGAUCUUGCGUCUGCGAAUAGGACGGAGGUGAUUUCCAGCACUUUGCAUGUGUAAUGAACCUCGACAAAUGAUACAUUAUGUAAAUGGACCAAACCUAACUUUGAAAUGUUAUACAACUGAGUUACAUG